CCCCCCGUGCGUAAAAAAGGCAGGCUAAACCAAAACGUGCUUCCUUUGCGACUUACCUGCCAACAACGAAGUGUAUAGAAAGACAGACGGACAGAUAGACAGGCAUAAAGGGAGGCGGGCAGGUAAGGAUCACUGGAGGCGGAAGAGCGAGCAGGUUAUUCUUUCCUGUUAGUACUUUGUCCACAGUUUCUCCAGGUGUUCAGUUUACAACCUUCCUGCCUGCUUUUUGUUUUUUCCCCCAAACGCGGUUUUUAUUUAUUAUUUAUAAAAGUGGCGAGCCGUCUGAAGAAGCAUGGCAGAACAUGGGAAGAAACUGAUUCUGGUUGCGGUGGAUAUUCUGUGCGUCUUUGCUGCGGCUCUACCCUCAGCCAUUCUCACAUUGAUGUUCAAGCCUUACCAGAGAGGAAUCUACUGCGAUGAUCAGAGCAUCCGUUAUCCCUACAGGAGAGACACCAUCUCUCAUGGGACGAUGGCUGCAGUCACCAUCACCUGCUCCAUAGUGAUUAUCACAACAGGAGAGGCCUACCUGGUGCACACCAAUCGUCUGCGCUCCAAUUCCCCAUUCAACCAAUACCUGUCAGCUCUCUACAAAGUGGUGGGCACCUACUUGUUUGGAGCCGCUAUCAGCCAGUCGCUGACUGACUUGGCAAAGUUCACCAUUGGCCGUCCUCGUCCAAACUUCAUAGACGUUUGCAAGCCAGUGGUCUGUAAUGGAUACAUGUUGGAGAUCAAGUGCAACGGCAGCCACCGCAAUGUGACUGAAUCCAGGUUAUCGUUCUACUCCGGACACUCGUCCUUCGGGAUGUACUGCAUGAUCUUCCUGUCGCUCUAUGUCCAGGCCCGGAUGCAGGGGAAAUGGACGAGACUGGUUCGACCCACCAUCCAGUUCUUCCUGGUGUCGUUCUCUCUGUAUGUGGGAUACACGCGCGUCUCUGACUACAAACACCACCCGGGCGACGUCGUGGUGGGACUGCUGCAGGGCGUUCUCAUCGCUGUGCUCACAGUCCGAUAUGUGUCCGAUUUCUUCAAGCAGCGCCCUCCAGUUUCUGAGCCGCAAACACCAGAGACUGAACAACUCGAAUGUAAACCGAGGCCUUCAGAUUCAGAACACAGAAAUCACAGCUACAGCGGAUCAGUAUGAGCGCACCACCCUACAGCUACUCUCACCAGCCCGGCCCUCGCACUCUAUAACAGCAGCUCCGUUAUCAAAGAACGUGCACAGAAGAAAAAACAACGAAAGCAGCAGAGCACAGUCUGCUAUUAGAUCUCCCUAACACUUUCACAGCUAUGAAAACUCCAGGGCCUCUAUAAGUUUGUGUUUAUAUGCUGCAAAGAUGUGAUUGAGUUGUUUUUUUUAUGU